ACACAGCACGUCACUACACAGAACGUCACUACACAGCACGUCACUACACAGCCCGUCACUACACAGCCCGUCACUACACAGCCCGUCACUACACAGCACCCCGUCACUACACAGCCCGUCACUACACAGCACGUCACUACACAGCACGUCACUACACAGCACGUCACUACACAGCACGUC